AUGGCCGGAGGAGAAGACUCAAACAAAACCGAAGAAGGCUCUAUUGAUCCUUCAUCAUCAUACUAUCUCCACCCUUCCGAUCUUCCCAAACAACUUCACGUAAAUGAAGUUCUCACCGAUGGGAAUUAUGCGGAUUGGGCACAAGAGAUGUCCAACUUCUUAUACGCCAAAAACAAAAUGGAUUUCGUCGAUGGAACCAUUCGAAAACCAGAAACCGCCUCCUCCGAGUACAAACCUUGGAUGAGAUAUGAUGCAAUGAUAAAGGGUUGGCUUACUGCUGCUAUGGAGAAGAACGUUCGUGACAGCGUGAAGUAUGCCAUAACGUCCUCAGAGAUAUGGGCAGAUCUACGAGAAAGGUUUGGGAAGGAGAGUGCUCCAAGGGCCUACGAACUGAAGCAAAAGAUCACAACGACCCGACAUGAUGGCACCAGCGUUUCCACGUAUAAUACUCGUCUUAGGGCUCUAUGGGAUGAGUCACAAUCGAUUCAGUCCUUUCCGCGCUGCUCCUGCAACAAAUGCACCUGUGAAGUUGGUAAGAAAAUCAUGGAACACCUUGAAAAGGACGUUUAUACGAAUUUCUUUUGGGUUUAG